UAAUUUCACUACUAUUAAUAGUAUUUUCAUAAUUUUUUUCAUAAAUCUUGUAUCUUGUGUUAUCACUAAGCCAGUAAAUUGAAUUUUUUCGAAUAUAUUUUUUUGUUUUCCCAAAUUACGGUUUAAUAUUGAUACGAGUAAUUCCAUUCAUUUUUUAUUUAUUGCGUUUCAUCAUGCUGCUGUCAGGUGCAUGCUUACCAAAUUUCAAUGUACAUUGUUUUUCCCGGCUUCUAUAUAUUAUUUAUUGUUCGAUAUCCGUAACAAUUAGAUAGAUAAUUAAAAUAUUUUAUGUAGUUUAAAGUGCUCAUAAAAUAUUACCAAUAAAUAGAAUGAGCUUUUAUUAAAUUUUUUAUAUGAAAUAAAUCAAAGAAAGUUUUGCACUUUUUUUCGUACGAAAAUGUCAUAUUAAUACAAACAUAAAAGUUAAUCUAUAAAUGCAUGUUAAAACAAGAGCAUAAGGAAAACGAAGUAAAUAAUUAUCUGCACGAAAAGUAGUAGACGAUGAAUUUGUAUCAGGUUACUUCAUUUAAAAUAAACCAAUGUAUUUCAGUGGUACUAUCAAGAAUUCAACGCUUUCCAUAUACUUGUAGUUUAUGACUUCUAUCACGAUGUUAUAAGAAAUAGUCGAAUCAAUUUCAUUUACUAUUUCUUUUCAUAGUUAUGACUUGUGAGUGAGUUAGAGAAUCAUCAUUACAUGAUUAUUCAUAAUAAACUCAUACGUAUAGUUAUUAAAGUGCAUGAUAAAUAGCACUUCUAAUGCCCGAUUUGUAUAGACUUUUAACUUGUCUUUAGUGGUCAUCAAUAAGAGUUGAUAAAAAAUAAUUGGAGUAAUAAAAUUGCUGGAUCUCAAUAGUAUUUAAAACUUGAAUAUCUUCAAAGUCUCUUUUGCACAAAAAAUUGAUAGAAACUUAUAAAAAACGAUUAGUUUUGAAUCGUAAAACGAUCGUUAUCUAUAGGACGAAUUGGACGAAUAAACAUUUUUUUAUAAAAAAGGCUAUCGUAAAUCAUCGAUUUCAUUGAUAAGUGUUCUGGCACAUUGUAACGAAGUUCAAUAUUACCAUCGGUUGUCUACGGCUUUAAAUUAGAAAGACUCGAGAAUUGUUUGUUUAACACUUAUAAUUAUCACGGCUCUCAAAACCAAUUUUGUAGUCAUUAAAAAUUAAUGAACCAGAAUGGGAAAACAAAACAGUAAACUUAAGCCGGAAGUACUCGAAGACCUCAAGCAGAAUACGGAAUUUUCAGAUGCUGAAAUUCAAGAAUGGUAUAAAGGAUUUCUAAAGGACUGCCCCAGUGGACAUUUAAGUGUGGAAGAGUUUAAAAAAAUUUAUGGAAAUUUUUUUCCUUAUGGUGAUGCUUCUAAGGAUAUCCGUUAUCAGUUCGCAGAACAUGUUUUCAGAACGUUUGAUGCAAAUGGAGAUGGUACGAUUGAUUUUCGGGAGUUUUUGUGUGCUCUAAGUGUCACCUCUCGUGGGAAAUUGGAACAAAAAUUAAAAUGGGCCUUCAGUAUGUAUGACCUUGAUGGGAAUGGUUAUAUUUCUCGACAAGAAAUGCUCGAGAUUGUUACAGCGAUCUAUAAGAUGGUAGGAACAGUAAUGAAAAUGCCAGAAGAUGAAUCUACUCCUGAGAAAAGAACUGAUAAAAUAUUUCGUCAAAUGGAUAAAAAUAAAGAUGGAAAAUUAUCUCUUGAUGAAUUUAUAGAAGGUGCAAAAAGUGACCCUUCUAUCGUGCGACUAUUGCAGUGUGACCCAAGCGCACAGGCUCAGUGAGCUCUUAGACAAUUGAAUAUUAAUUCAAUAAUGCCUUUUAUGUCCCUAAUUUAGGGUCCGGCUCAAUGAUUUUACUAAUAAUUAAUCCAAUUAAUGACUAGUAUCAUAGAAGAGUCAAUUUUUAUCUUUAAUGAUGGAACCUUGCUCACUUGUUGAAAGCACAAGUUAUGAGAGAUACGUUAUUUCUGUUUCUUAUACUUUGGCAAAUAAUAUAUAAUAAAUUUGUAAAUUAAGUUAGAGAAAGAUUAAAAGAAUAUGUUAAUAUUGCAUAGCUUAUCAUAAUAAAUUAUAGGCUUUUCUAUGAUAAUUUAUGUUCAAUAGAAUUGUAUGCAUCAAUAUUCAUUUUUUAGUUUAAGCCGAAUCUGCGUCUCAGAGUCAUUGGGUCUAGCGCGCUUGCGCAAACCGCAAACUAGUCUAUAAGGCUAGUCCAGUCGUUCCGUCACAUUUAAAAUUUUUGCGGAAAAAACUUAUUGACAAACAAACACUAAUAUACAUUAUAUAUUUAAUAUUUUAAGCUUCGGAAUUUAUUAGAUGUAUCAAGUUUUAUUGUAAACUUUUAAAUGCCAAAGCUAAUCAACGAUCCUUUUUUGAUACAUAAGUAUAAUUAUGUCGAUACAUUAUCAAUUCUAUUGCAGUUCUUGUAAUAAAUGGUUAUUAGGAUGAUUGGGAUAGAAAACCUUUUCAAAAACGAAUACAUGCGAUCGUUUUUGAGAGGUACAGUAUAGGAGUCGAAUAAUGUUAUUUAAGUAAAAAUACAUAAAUCAAAUCAAGUCGAUAUAAGUCAAUAUAACUACAAUUUGCAAUAUUUAAUAAUUUAUAUAGAAAAUUAAAGUACGAUCAAACUUUUAUCUAGUAUUAUUGGCGUUCAGAAUGUAUUUUAGUUUGAUACUCAAUGUUUCAUUAUCUGUUAAUAUUGGAAAUAAGGUGAUUAAUAUAGUACAAAAGUCGUAAAAGCAAAGCCAUGAUAAAAAUGUCAUGUCUAAAUAUUUCAUUGAUAAUUUGAAGAUAAGUAAAGCCACUAUUAAAAAACAGAUAUCCUGAAAAUUUUAUGCGCAAAUUUCCGUCAAAGCACGAGUAAAGAAUAACUCAAUAAUAAACUUACAAAUGACUAUAUUUAUUUCUAUUCAAAUUGGCUAAACUUAUUAAAUUUAUAAAAAAAAAUACAAUUUUGAGUAACAUUAAAAUUCAAAAAUUUAGAAAAACGUUUUCAAGCAGUAAAAAUUAGAGUAAAAAAAUGUAUAUUAAGCUUACUAAAUUUUUCAAAAUAAUUGUUCUUCAAUGUCAACAAUUGUUCUUGAGUGAAAUCUUUUUAUCUUCUAAAUAUAACUAAAUAAUUCUUGCUGAUGAUUAUCACUCUAAUAAUAUUUCUCUAUAACUUUGAAGUCUUAUUAUCUCUACACUAAAAAAGAAUCGAAAAGCGAGACAUCAAAUUGUGGAAUUUAUCUUUAAUCAUUCAAUAAACAUUAAACUAUAUAUGGCAAACGGUUUUUUUUUUAAAUUAAAACUUGUUAAAUCGUUUUGUAUGGGCUUAUUAUACGGAAAGAACAGUUAUGAAUAAAAUCAGCAACUAAAUUUAUGCAAAUAAAAACAAAAAUUAAAAAAAAAAAUUUACGCAUAAUUAUGUCGAUGAUACCCACAGAAAAAGAAGUUAUCUUAAGCCAAGAAAAUAUUUUGGAAGACAGACGUUUUCAAGAACCAAGUCAAGAUUUUUUUGAGCCAAGGGAAUUUGUCGGUAAAAGAAAAUUCGUCUUGGUCAGAAGAGAUUUUUGCUUUAUCCACGAAGUAUAGAUACCAGGAGUCCGAACGGUAUAGGAUUUUUCACAUUAUUUGUGUACACAAAAAUGAACCCAGAUCAUAGUUUUUUUUUGCCACUGGCUGCGCAAGUAUUCAGAACG